CUGAAUCUUCUCGGGAGCGUAGCCUGAGAUUUUGUUAGGACCGACUCGUUGGCUCGUGCAAACAUCUGACCAAGGCAUUGAGACUUCCAAUCAUGUUUGUGCCACCAACCGACCUCGGCUGUCUUAACAGCCAGCGAGCACAAUGUUUGGAUCAAAUCAUAUAGGUAGCAAAAAGCAUUGCAGACUUACGGCUGAAGUGGUUCGCCUGACCCUGCAUGGGACCAAGGCCGCCCAUCUGCCAGUAGAGCCAGUUCUGGACCUGGUAGUGCUCUCGGGAACCGUGGGGGUACGACACCUUGUGCUCCGUGUCAUAACGGUCCACGAGGUACUGCAUGAUGGAGGCGCUCUCAAACAGGUUGAUGGUCUUGCCAUCGGUAAAAGUGUCGGUCAAUGCUGGGAUGCGACCGUUGGGGUUGAUGUCAAGAAACCAUUGCUCCUUUUGCACGUUCUUCAUGAUGUCGAUCUUGGUCACCUGGUACUCAAGGCCCAGCUCCUCAAGCAGGAUAGACACCUUGAUGCCAUUGGGCGUACCAGUGGUGUACAGGUGAAUGUCGGUUUUGAUACCCAUGUUGGCAGGUUGUUGACUAGUGCUUGCUGCUCUUGUUUUGGUUUUGAUAAACGAGUAGUAAGGGUUUUGAGUUUGAGGUUGAGGACGGAUGGCGUGGGCUCGGGAAGUUGUCAGUUGUGAUGACGAUACAGCUCCAACUAACUGCUUCCAAGCUCGGGAGGAACCCCUCGAACAUAUAGUUUGCCG